UGGAGGGAGCACGUGCGGGGUGGAAGAUGAACACGGCUGCCAGCAGCUACCCCAUGGCGUCGCUGUACGUGGGGGACCUGCACCCCGAUGUCACCGAGGCCAUGCUCUACGAGAAGUUCAGCCCCGCUGGGCCCGUCCUCUCCAUCCGGGUCUGCCGGGACAUGAUCACCCGCCGCUCCCUGGGCUACGCCUACGUCAACUUCCAGCAGCCAGCAGACGCUGAGCGUGCUCUAGAUACCAUGAAUUUUGAUGUGAUCAAAGGAAAACCCAUUCGCAUCAUGUGGUCUCAGAGGGACCCCUCCUUGAGGAAGUCAGGGGUUGGGAAUGUCUUCAUUAAGAACCUGGACAAAUCCAUUGAUAACAAGGCCCUUUAUGACACAUUCUCAGCGUUUGGGAAUAUUUUAUCCUGCAAGGUGGUGUGCGACGAGAAUGGCUCGAAGGGCUACGCAUUUGUGCACUUUGAGACCCAGGAUGCGGCAGAUCGAGCCAUCGAGAAGAUGAACGGCAUGCUGCUGAACGACCGCAAAGUGUUUGUUGGGAGAUUCAAGUCUCGUAAAGAGCGGGAGGCUGAGCUGGGAGCCAAGGCCAGGGAAUUCACCAAUGUUUAUAUUAAGAACUUUGGGGAUGACAUGGAUGACGAAAGACUGAAGGAGCUCUUCAGCAAAUAUGGUAAAACUCUGAGUGUUAAAGUGAUGACAGACCCCACUGGAAAAUCCAAAGGCUUUGGCUUUGUAAGCUUUGAAAAGCAUGAAGAUGCUAACAAGGCAGUAGAAGAAAUGAAUGGAAAGGAUAUCAACGGGAAAAUGGUAUUUGUAGGUCGAGCACAGAAGAAGGUGGAGCGCCAGGCAGAGCUGAAACGGAAAUUUGAACAGCUAAAACAAGAGAGACUCAGCCGGUACCAGGGUGUUAACCUAUACAUUAAAAACCUAGAUGACACUAUAGAUGAUGAAAAACUGAGGAAGGAGUUCUCACCCUUUGGGUCAAUAACGAGUGCCAAGGUGAUGCUGGAAGAUGGACGGAGCAAAGGGUUUGGCUUUGUCUGCUUUUCCUCUCCAGAGGAGGCUACGAAAGCCGUGACAGAGAUGAACGGACGCAUUGUGGGCUCAAAGCCGCUGUAUGUUGCACUUGCACAACGGAAGGAAGAGCGAAAGGCCCAUCUGACUAACCAGUACAUGCAGCGCAUUGCUGGGAUGAGAGCCCUGCCUGCCAACACCAUCAUUAAUCAGUUCCAGCCUGCUGCCGGCGGCUAUUUUAUGCCUGCUGUGCCCCAGGCUCAGAGCAGACCCACGUACUAUGCACCCAGUCAGAUGACGCAGAUGAGGCCCAGCCCACGCUGGCAGCAGGGGGGAAGACCUCAAGGCUUCCAGGGAAUGCCAAAUGCCAUGCGCCAGUCUGGACCACGGCCAGCACUGCGCCAUCUGGCCCCUGCCGGCAAUGCCCCGGCCUCUCGUGGCCUCCCCGCUGCUGCCCAGCGAGUUGGUAAGGUGUCUGCCUCCCAGGCUCUUCCCCUUGUCUCGGAGGGAGGUGUUGGCACUGCAGCGCAGAAUUUAGCUCCUCGUCCGCCUGUAGCUGCCCCUGCUCCCAGAGCAGUUCCUCCAUAUAAGUAUGCCUCGAGCGUCCGCAGCCCACACCCAGCUGUCCAGCCCCUGCAGGCACCUCAGCCUGCAGUACACGUGCAGGGGCAGGAACCACUCACGGCCUCCAUGCUGGCUGCUGCCCCUCCCCAGGAGCAGAAACAGAUGCUGGGAGAACGUUUGUUCCCUCUGAUCCAAGCUAUGCACCCCAGCCUUGCGGGAAAGAUCACGGGAAUGCUGCUAGAGAUUGACAACUCGGAGCUUCUGCACAUGCUGGAGUCUCCGGAGUCCCUCCGGUCGAAGGUGGAGGAGGCCGUAGCGGUGUUGCAGGCUCACCAAGCCAAGAAAGAAGCGGCCCAGAAGGUGGGCGUGGUUGCUGCUACCUCGUAA